CAAAUUCUGCCAUUUGCUAAUUUUCCUGGUUCCAAGUUCUCUAAGCUAUGGAUUCUUGAGAUUUAACGAUUGUCGCUCUGUGGUGUUGAACAGUGAAUGAGUGAUUCAAUUAUCUAAAAAUGGCCGGAAGACAUUACACUCCUGCUUCUGGAACCUUCAAACCCAGAUCUCCAGCACUAUUUUUUCUCCUUGCGCUUCUCGCACUCACUCUCCUCUUCUACAUCUUCUCCAUCUCCUCUUCUUCCUCUCCUCACUCCACUGGCCACCUCAUCUCCUCACGGAACCCUAACUCUGGUAUCGAUUACUCCUUCGUAGCUUCACUCGAGAAAUUCCUCACCAAAUCUCCGCGAUCCGCAACGGCCGGUGUGGAUACUGUUUCAGGAACGACGUCGGUGGAGGAUGCUAGGAAGCUGGAUGAUUCCAUUUGGAAAAAUGAGAAUCAAAGGCUUUAUGAUGAGCCGUUUUACCCUGCCUUUUCGCCGCUCAAGGUUUAUGUAUACGAAAUGCCGUCGAAAUUCACUUAUGAUUUGCUUUGGUUGUUUCAUAACACGUAUAAAGAGACUUCAAAUCUUACCUCUAAUGGUAGUCCUGUUCACCGCUUGAUCGAACAGCAUUCGAUUGAUUACUGGUUAUGGGCGGACUUGAUAGCGCCAGAAUCAGAGAGGUUACUGAAGAAUGUAGUUAGAGUAUAUAAGCAGGAGGAAGCUGACCUGUUUUACAUUCCGUUUUUCACCACCAUUAGCUUCUUCUUGAUGGAGAAACAGCAAUGCAAGGCUCUUUAUAGGGAAGCUUUGAAAUGGGUUAUGGAUCAACCAGCUUGGAAUAGAUCCGAGGGAAGAGAUCACAUACUUCCAGUUCAUCAUCCUUGGUCUUUCAAGUCUGUCCGCAAGUUUAUGAAGAAAGCUAUUUGGUUGCUCCCUGAUAUGGACUCAACAGGGAACUGGUACAAGCCUGGGCAAGUUUAUCUCGAGAAAGACCUGAUACUUCCUUAUGUCGCCAAUCUUGAUCUCUGUGAUGUGAAAUGUUUAUCUGCAUCAAGGAGAACUACGCUACUAUUUUUCCGAGGAAGACUUAAAAGAAAUGCUGGUGGUAAGAUACGUGCCAAACUGGUGGAAGAGCUCCGUGGUGCAGAUGGAGUAUCCAUUGAGGAGGGGACUGCUGGAGAAGGAGGGAAAGCAGCAGCACAGAGCGGCAUGCGCAAGAGUAUAUUCUGCCUAAAUCCAGCUGGUGACACCCCAUCAUCAGCCAGAUUAUUUGAUGCAAUUGUCAGUGGCUGCAUUCCUAUCAUAGUCAGCGACGAACUUGAGCUUCCUUUUGAGGGGAUUCUUGAUUAUCGAAAGAUUGCUCUGUUUGUCUCUUCUAGUGAUGCUUUGCAGCCAGGAUGGCUUUUGUCAUUUCUAAAAAGUGUUAGUGCAGCUCAAAUUAAAGAGAUGCAAGCGAACUUAGCUAAGUACGCUAGGCAUUUCCUUUAUUCUCAUCCAGCUCAGCCGCUAGGUCCUGAAGACUUAGUCUGGAGAAUGAUGGCAGGAAAGCUGGUCAACAUCAAGCUUCACACUCGAAGGUCACAACGGGUGGUGAAAGGAUCCAGAAGUGUGUGCACUUGUGAGUGCAGAAGUCCCAAUGUUACAAACCCAGGUCCUUUAUCUUGAUUGUAGAUCACAGAUGUUUCCCUUUUUUGUCGCUCAACAAGAAAUGUCUUUUUUCCCCUUAUAUAAAUUUGCACUUCAACGUUUGAUAAAGUUCUAUGAGAUUUGGCAAAAUGUGAUUGUGUAAGUAAGAACUAAGUAAAUGUGAUUUGUUCUUCAAACUCCUGUCUAAUUUUGUGUGAAGAGUAUUUAAGUUAGCUUGAUGACAGAAACUUAAUAACACGCAAUUUUUAUACAUACCUUUAGUGGAUUUCUUAAGAA